UUACAGGGCAUUACACUCCCAAAGUAUUCCACGUUGUGGCCCCAAUUUUGGAAAAAGGUCCACGUCUUCCAGAUGCCAGAUGCGCAUCUAGCCAAAAAGUUCGCCAGGUGCGAUCUUCUUUAGACAUCACUAACAAACGUCACUUUAUUCAACCUAGCUCGCGUUAAUAUGCAUUUUUCUACUACUUUAUAAUUCUACGAGUACAUUUUUUGCUAUAUUCUCAAGCAAUCCUAAGUUGCUAGUGUGUUUGUUUGUUAAUGUAAACUGGAUCUCCCCCCGAUGUGGCACUGCGUUUCUGCGCUUCGCCUGUCGUCCUCGUUCCCAAGAUGCCAUGGCCAUGGCGCGAUCGCGAGACCGAUAACGAGUCACUACUUCCUAUAGCGAUACCCAACAUUAAUGGAAUAGAUCGGAACUGUAAUCAAGAUGGAGACGAUUUUGAUGAACGAUCACGGUCGAUCACUAGAAGAUCGGGCCAUGCCCGUACCACAUCUGCUCAAUCACGGUCUAUAGCAGAUAGCUUUUCUUUUCUAACACCUGCCGAAACAGCAGCGCGACUUCAAACCUCCUUGACUUACGGCCUCUCGCCUGCCGAGGCCCUCUCGCGACUAGGAGACUUUGGCCCGAACGAGAUCCCUCACGAUCCGCCAGAUCCACUAUGGCUUCGAUUCAUAAUGCAAUUCCGAGAGCCUCUAAUUAUCCUACUCCUUGCCUCUGCCUUCCUCUCGAUUUUCGUUGGUAAUAUGGAUGAUGCUGUCAGUAUAACCAUCGCUGUGACCAUAGUCGUCGCCGUUGGCUUCGUGCAAGAAUAUCGAUCCGAAAAAUCUAUUGAAGCUCUCAAUCAUCUGGUUCCCAACCAUGCUCAUCUAGUCAGGGCGCAGCCGGCACGGCCCUCGCCAGGAACUAAGAGUUCAACGUGGCCUCCCGCUAUUAGCGACCCUGAAGAAAAGCAUAUCGGAUAUGAAUCAGGGACCCCAGGAGAGGAAUUAUUGGAAGCUACGUCGUCAAAGGUUAUGGCAGCCCAGUUGGUCCCAGGAGAUCUGGUAUUUUUCACUACGGGCGACCGUAUCCCGGCUGACAUUCGGAUUACGAGAGCUGCCGAUCUGACCAUUGAUGCAUCAAAUCUCACAGGGGAGAACGAGCCGCUAAGAAUGACUGCUGAUGCGCGAUUCCGUAGCCAUAGCCCAUCAGCAUUUGACCAGAGUGCAUUACGGCUCCCUACCCCAUCUGCCCUAUCCCCCCUUUCGUAUAACGGGGAUGCUAAAGAAGACGCACGCAACCAUGGAAUUAAUAAUAUUGCGUAUAUGGGAACUUUGGUCAAGUCUGGUCAUGGACAGGGUAUCGUCUUUGCUACCGGCGGCAACACCCAUUUCGGAACGAUUGCCACGAGCGUAUCGGGCACCGAAAGCCCCCGUUCUCCCCUUCAACUAAGUAUGGACCAUCUAGGAAAACAGCUCAGCCAAAUAUCAUUCGGCAUAAUCGCUUUAAUUUCGUUAGUUGGGCUCCUACAAGGCAAGAACAUACUUGAGAUUUUUACUAUAUCCAUCUCGCUUGCUGUUGCUGCGAUUCCCGAAGGGUUGCCUAUUAUUGUGACAGUCACCCUAGCUCUGGGUGUCCAUCGCAUGGCGAGGCACAACUCUAUCGUUCGAAAAAUGCCUAGUGUCGAAACGCUAGGCUCCGUUAACGUUGUCUGCUCUGACAAGACGGGGACACUAACCAUGAACCAUAUGACAACAGCAAAGAUGUGGUAUUUUGGCACGAGGGAUCCGAUUGAUGUUGAUUCGGAUGACGAAGCAGCAGAAAGGACGCCUAAUACCGCGGUGCGGGGGAUCCUACGAAUCGGCAACAUCGCAAACAAUGCGCGCCUUACUCAAUCCGCUAAGACUGUAUUACCAGAUUCUCAAGGUAGAGAAUUUGCCCCUUACACGCGAUGGGUUGGGCAGCCAACUGAUGUUGCCAUGCUCGAUUUGCUCGACCGAUUCAAGGAGCAUGAUGUGAGGGACUCGAUUGGUCCCCGAACGGCUGAGACUCCUUUUAGCUCCGAAAGGAAGUGGAUGGGUGUGGUAAUCGGCGCGCAACCUGGGAACAGCGACAAGGAAUAUGCCUACAUGAAGGGCGCCAUAGAUAAAGUCCUCGACGCUUGCGACACGUUUCUUACUGCCGACGGCCGCGAGAUUGUCAUGGACUCCGUCCGGCGCGAAGAGGCAUUACAAGCAGCCGAAAAAAUGGCGGAAAAGGGACUCAGAAUCUUGGCGUUCGCGAGCGGCCCGGUCACCAAAUCCUUCCGAAGCAAAUCCGGACAUGGUGUUUCCACACGAAGUACCACGCCACUUAGUCGAGAUGAGAGUCAAAGCCCAGGGCUACCGUCUCACGAAGAAUUGUACAGGGGUUUGACUUUCGCUGGAUUGGUAGGGAUGAGCGAUCCGCCGCGGCCUGGAGUCUCUCGUUCCAUUCGAAAAUUAAUGCGAGGCGGAGUCAAGGUCAUGAUGAUCACCGGCGAUUCUGCGACUACGGCGUUGGCCAUCGGAAAGGAGCUCGGCAUGCAAAUUGCUAUGCCUCGUGAACACUCGUCAAACCAAAUCGCGGUGAAGCCCGUACUCACGGGUGACGAACUUGACGCAAUGAGUGAUGACGACCUUGCGGCCGCGAUCCAGAACACGACUAUAUUUGCACGUACAAACCCGGAUCACAAAUUAAAAAUCAUUCGAGCCCUCCAAUCACGCGGCGAUAUCGUUGCCAUGACUGGGGACGGAGUUAAUGAUGCGCCAGCAUUAAAGAAGGCUGACAUUGGUAUUUCUAUGGGUUUGCAUGGGACAGACGUGGCAAAGGAGGCUUCCGAUAUGAUUCUAACGGACGAUGAUUUCUCUACGAUCCUUCGCGCCAUUGAAGAAGGCAAGGGCAUAUUCAACAACAUCCAAAAUUUUAUCACAUUCCAGCUUAGUACCAGCGUAGCUAGUUUAGCUUUGGUCUUCAUCUGCACCUGCAUGGGGUUCAAGACCCCCUUGAAUGCUAUGCAGAUUCUCUGGAUCAAUAUCAUUAUGGAUGGCCCGCCAGCCCAGUCUCUAGGUGUGGAACGAGUAGAUCCCGAUGUCAUGUCCCGACCACCACGAUCCCGAAGUGAGCCGGUGCUUACGAAGGCCCUACUUCAACGUGUUUUGACCUCAGCUGCCAUUAUUAUGGUGGGUACCAUGGUCGUAUAUACUCACGAAAUGCUAGAUGGCGAAGUCUCACGACGGGAUACGACAAUGACAUUCACGUGCUUUGUGCUGUUCGAUAUGUUCAACGCGUUAACGUGCCGGUCAGAGAGCAAAUCUGUUUUCAGGGGUGAAGUGGGCUUAUUUUCCAACAAAUUAUUCAAUUGGGCAGUGUCAUUGAGCAUAGCGGGUCAGCUACUUGUUAUUUACUUCCCGUGGCUCCAGGAGGUGUUCCAGACGGAAGCCUUGGGGCUAUUUGAUCUCAUCAGGUUGGUCGUGCUGGCGAGCUCGGUGUUCUGGGCAGACGAGGCUAGGAAAUGGUACAAAUACGGACGGAGGCGGUUGGGCGGAUACAGCCAGGCGGUUUAGUAAUUCUAGGCGACGACGUUACAUACAUUAUACGGGGGGCCUAUGUUGGAUUAUACAAAACAUGUAAAUCUAUUUAUGAGUAUAUCUACCUACGUGUAGUACGCCUCGUGGAAGACGUAAGUCGUCGAUAUUGCGCCUCGUCCUGCGGUCCUCUCAUCUGUGCCAAAAGCCACCUUCGCAUGUUCCGCCUCUUCUGAUAAUCGGGCUUCUGCAGCCCAUCGUUCAGAGUGCCGUUGCAUCCGGACCCGUUGAUGCCUCGAGCCUCGUAGAUUACCUCGCCUUUUCUCCUGUCGAGGAUGGUCUGGCUCUCAGUGCUCUUGGUGCUCUUGGUUCUCUUGGUGCUCUUAGUGCUAUCGGUACUCUUAUUGGUCUUAGUUGCGGUUUGCUCUUUAGUGAUGUCUGCCCUCGGCUUUGCAAUACGUUCCGCUUCGCUUCCAGACUUCGUGGGUGC